GGGCUUGAUCCCUCUCCGCUGCCUCCCAAGAAAGGAUGCAGGUGGUACCGCAAUCUGCGGUGGAAUUUCGGCUCCGUGUACCGCCGCAUCUUCGGUCUCGUUUUCUUUGGGAAUAUUGCCGCAAUAGCGUUCUUCGGAGCGCAAUUUGGUACCACGGGAGAGCGGUUCACAUAUCAGCAGGCCAGCAUCGCCGUGACCGCCAACCUUCUAGCAUCGCUUCUUGUCCGCAACGAGCAUGUCGUCAACGCCUUGUUCUGGGUAUUUGGAACCUGGUCUAAGCGCCUACCGCUCAGGGUCCGCAUCCUGGUGGCAAAGGUGUAUUCGUACGGGGGCAUCCACAGCGCCGGUGCCGUGGCGGCGACGUUUUGGUACAUUUUCUACCUCAUUCUCCUGACCAUGGAGUUUCGAUCCAGGGACGACCUCUCCGUCAUCCGCAGCUACAUCUACUUCUGCAGCUACUCUAUCGUCCUCCUGCUCUUGAUUAUGCUCGUCUCAGCCCACCCUCACUUCCGGCGCGCCAAGCAUAACUGGUUCGAGGGGUUUCACCGCUUCAUGGGCUGGCUCGCCGUGCUGCUGUUCUGGGCUCAGAUCAUGCUCUUGACAGCCGACGCCACAGAAAGCAGCAAUACACCGUUUGGCAGCGUCUUGCUAGUCAACCCCAAUUUCUGGAUGCUGGUCAUCAUCACCCUUCUGGUCAUCUACCCCUGGACCCGCCUGCGCCUGCGGGACGUUGACGCCGAGGUGCUGUCAGAGCACUGCGUCAAGCUCAACUUCACCUACCGCAACGUCCACUACGGCCAGGCCGUCCGCCUCACCGAUGCGCCGCUCAAAGAGACGCAUGCGUUUGGGGUGAUCCCCUUUCCUGCAGCACCACCGCCAGCACCACUAUCAAGCGUGACGCACUGCCCCGGCUGUACAUGUACAUCUCACGGUACCGACGACAUGACAACACCACCACCGCCAACCUCAAGUUCAACCGGCCUGACCCUCUCGCACGCCGGCGAGCGCGGCUUCUCCGUCAUCAUCUCCGCCGCCGGCGACUGGACACGCAAGAUGAUCCAGCACCCGCCCAAGAAAAUCUACACGCGCGGCACACCCCAGUUCGGGGUAUUCCGCGUAGCAGGGCUGUUCACCCCCUGUGUAGUCGUCGCGACCGGAUCCGGGAUCGCGCCGUGUCUGAGCCUGUUCGUGCAGGACCCGGGCCAUCCCGUACGCAUCGUCUGGUCGGCCAAGGAGCCGCUCAAGACGUAUGGCCGGGCCGUGGUGGAUUUGGUGUAUAAGACGGAUCCGGACGCGGUGGUUAUUGAUACGAGUGAGAAGGGGGUGGGCAGGCCGGAUUUGGUGCGGGUGGUGUAUAGAGUCUGGGAACAGGGGAGGGUGGUGAAGGGGGAGAGGAGGAGCGGGGAGGCGGUGGUGGUUAUUUCGAACCAGACGGUUACGAAGAAGGUGGUGUAUGGCUUGGAGAGUAGGGGGGUGCCGGCUUAUGGGGCGAUUUUUGACUCUUGA